UCAGUGCGUUAAACUUUAUGAACAGAAAUGAUUCAGAAAUCUGCAAUGAAGUGUAUGUGGCAAAACAGUUUUAAAUCUUUAAAAUGUUUCAGAAAGACACAUGCGUGCAGAAAUUAUUCAAGCCUCAAAGCUGUCAAGAUUAGUAGUCGACACUAUUUGAAUGUUAUUAAACAUUUCCCUAAUAGACAUGCAUGUGGACAUCUUACCUGUAGUGAGAGGUUUUACAGUAGUGACACUAAAGUGUUAUAUGAACAGGAAUUGUUUGAAAAGUACUUGGAGGCACUUGAAAAAUCUGUUAAGAAUGUUGAGAAUGGCUCUUCUUAUGACAGACAAAAUUCCAACGACAGAACAAAUGCUUUGUUGGUACUCUAUACUGAAUAUAGGAAAAUUCUUAAAGAAAUUCAGGAGCUUAGGUCUUUAUCAUCGGGAUUAAGUACUGAGGAGUCUGAGAUGAGAACUUUGGCAGAACAAGAGGAAACAGAGUGUCAAAACAGAGCAUCAGAUUUAAUAGAGCAGAUAGUUGAACUCCUUCUUCCACCAAGUCCCCAUUACAAUGAUAUCGUCAUGGAGAUACACUGUGCAGUGGGAGGCAAGGAAUCUAUGCUAUUUGCUAAUGAAGUUUAUUUCAUGUACAGAAAUUUGGCUAUCAACAAUGUUUGGGAUUUUACUGCAACAGAUUUUACUACAGAAGAAAAAGAUUGUCUGCGAAGAGCAACUGUUCAUCUAUCAGGGGAGAAUAUCUAUGAAGCAAUGAAAUACGAGGGGGGUGUCCAUCGAGUACAAAGAGUUCCAAAGACAGAAUCCAGUGGAAGAAUCCACACCAGUACUAUAGCAGUAUCCAUUAUGCCUCAACCAGAAGAGGUGAACAUCAUCAUUGAUCCACAGGACAUCAAAAUGGAGACAUUCAGAGCUGGUGGUGCUGGGGGUCAGCAUGUCAACAAGACGGACAGUGCAGUCAGACUGACCCACAAACCAACAGGAAUAAAAGCUGAGAGCCAAUCUGAAAGGUCACAGCAUAAGAAUAAAGUCAUCUGUAUGAAAUUAUUACAAGAAAGACUUUACCAAGUGGAAUUUGACAAACAAUUGAUGGAAAGUCAAAGGUCUCGCAAAAUUCAAGUAGGAACCUCAUCAAGAUCAGAGAAAAUUCGGACUUACAAUAUUCCUCAAGACAGAGUAACUGAUCACAGAAUUCAUUACAGUACCAAUCAAAUCAGAGAAUUUAUGAAUGGUGGUGAACCCCUACAAAACAUGAUGAGAGAGAUUCAAAUUCGAUCUCAAUACGAAAUUUUGAAUGAAAUACUACAGACAUUCCAAAAAGAUGGAAAAAUAAGUCAUAUACAAAACUGACUUUUGUAGAAUAUCAUUUAUUCAGAAAAUAAAUAAUUUUGAAUAUUUAAAAAUUCUUUUCCCGAAAAGUUUUUCGAUUACAAUCCAAAGACAGCUGUUUUCUUCUUGUUAUAUUGUCAAAUGCUAUGUAAAAUAAACAGUAGCUUGAAUAAUACCAAACAUAUACAUGUACAUAUACUUCAUAAUUUCAAGUAAGAAAUGGGUUUUAAUGAUAAUAUCUGCUUCCAGGAUGAAAAAGUUAUAACAAAAAUGUCAGAUUUAAAAUCUCAGAAAAAAUUAAAACAACCACGUCAACUUUGUGAAUAAAAUGCUAUCCUCGAUUACAAGUCAAAAUACCACAUGAUCCAUGAUAUCAACUCCUCUCAGCCUUUUAUUAGUGGUACAAGACAGAACAUGGCAAUGAUGGUAAACAUGGAAAAUUUGUUGACAGUAUUUUCACAAAUACUAUUUUUACUUUAUACAUGUACAUAUAUAUUAAAAUGAAUAUUAAAAAUAAUGAAGUGUUAAUUAAUUUUGUUCCACCACAACAGU